UUUUUGUAAUUCGAAAUGGAACUGUAUUUUGUAAAGCUAUGGGGGACGAAUUUAAUGAACGUACCCAUCAGGGGUCACCUAUUUUUUCCUAAAAAAUUAAAUGAAAGCGGUAGUUUAGUAAAUUCAUGGUAUUUUGAGAAUUUAACAGUGCCUCCUGUUCGGCGAUUUUACAUUAUGAGGAGGAAGAUUUGUCUGGACCCCAGAACAGCACGGACAUUUCUGCGGUGGCUGUCUUCGUUUGCCUGCCGGCCUGGCCCGGAUGGUUCUUUAUGGCAAAACAAACAGACACGAUCUCUUAAAAACAAGAUAAACACAGGUAAAAGCAGGAGACAGCCAUGUCCAGCAGUCCUCGAUCAUUUUGACCAGCAGUACAGUGAAGAACUGGGAGACUUGUGGGCCUCUGCAAGAGCAGUGCUGCUGGACCCUCCAUCCUGGCAGUAUGGGGUCAUGUUAAACCGCUUCAGCUCUGUGACAGAUAUCACACAGAUUCUUCUGUCUCAGGGCUUUUCAUCACUGCUGCCACAAACAGACGUCUCAGAGCUGCUUCCUAACAAUGACUCCGCUGUGUCUAAUUCUCCACGUCAUGAAGGAAAAGACACUCUCUCACCUCAUUUCUCAAAACGGCCUCCUGGGAACGUUGGUCUCCUGCCCUACAUUACCUCUCAUGCAUUCAGUCAGGCCCAUCAGUCUGAGCGUCCACCCAAAUUUCCUCCUUCCUCAUUACAAUGUUACAUCCACCCACACCCCCUGCGAUUUCCCUCACAGGCCCACCGGCCGGGCCAGCUGAAGCAGUACUACCUCCUGAAUGCUGCCUCGCUUCUUCCAGUGCUGGCUUUGCAAGUGAGAGAUGGUGAUAAGGUUCUGGAUUUGUGCUCUGCCCCCGGAGGCAAAGCUGUCGCCAUAAUGCAAAGUGCAACUCCAGCUCUUCUCUGCUGUAAUGAGCCAGAUCCUCACAGACGGGACUGGCUGGCCAAAACCCUGGAGUCCUUUCUGCCUCCCUCCCUGAGCAGCAGAGUGAUGGUGUCUGCACAGGAUGGCCGCUUCGUUGGGCAAAGCGAAGCCGGUUUUUAUGACAAGGUUUUAGUUGAUGCUCCUUGUUCUAACGACAGGAGCUGGCUGCAUUCUAGCGACAAACUCCGGGGGCAACAGAGACUAGAAGACAGAGCCAGGCUGCCGGAGCUACAGACUCAGCUCCUAAGGUCCGCUAUAUCUGCAGUGCGUCCGGGGGGUGUUGUCGUCUACUCAACCUGCACACUGUCAAGCUUGGAGAACUGCGCUGUAGUUGAGGCGGUGCUGAAAGACUUCCCUGAUGCGGAAGUUGAAAAUCUGUGGGAAGAGAUCGCUUUGCCUCUGUCCAAAUACUUUGCCGUUAUUUCACUCCCUGGUCAGAAACAGACAGAGCCCAAGCCGUCCCUGCAUCCAGUGAUUGGCUCUGCGUCCACUUCUCAUCAUAAGCUCGGCAUUCUGGUGCUUCCCCAGCCUGGCAGGACCUGGGGGCCAAUGUUUUUGUCUCGAAUUAGAAAAAAGGGAUAGAGUCCGACCUCCAGAACAAAGCAGAUGGGGGAAAUGCUAUUUCUCCGAGUCCUGUGUCAAUUCCAGAUCGUCUUUAAUCACAAAACUAUGCAAAGAAGUUUAGACAUUCAGAUGUAAACACAUCAGAGCAUAAAGGUUUUAAAAGGUUUCUAAGGUAAGGAACACAAUGUGUAGUCGAAGUUCAUCUGUCUAAGAGUGCUGUGUGAGAUUUUACAUUUAAGCAGCAAAUAAAAAGCAAACAUGG